AUGGCAGCUAAUACCAGAUACGAGCCUGCUCCGCAGCGCGACUCCUUCGAGGAGCGCGCCUAUCCUCAACCCCCGCCGUCUUAUCAGGCAACGGCCGACUACUCGCAAGCAGCGCCACGCAGCGAGGACGACAAUGUUCCUGAUGAUUUCAAGUUCGGCGGCACCGUCGCGGAGGGCACCCUGCCCAUCCGCAUGCAGUUCAUCCGGAAGGUCUAUGCGAUCUUGACGGCCCAACUCCUCCUCACCACCAUCCUCAGCUCCAUUUCCUUCUUCAGCCCUAAUUACCGACUCUGGAUCCAAUCCAACUUCUGGCUUAUGAUGGUCUCCGUCUUCGGCGCCCUGGGCUUCAUGCUCGUCACCUACUGGAAGCGCAAAUCCUACCCGGCCAACCUCCUCUUCCUAUCCGGUUUCACCCUCCUCGAAGCCUACUCCAUCAGCGUCGUGACCUCCUUCUAUGACGCCCGUCUCGUCAUCCAAGCUCUCAUCCUAACUCUCGGUCUCUUUGUCGCUCUCACCCUCUUCGCCUGCCAGACCAAGUACGACUUCACGAACUGGAUGCCCUACCUCUUCGGUGGACUGUGGUUCCUGAUCUUGUUUGGCUUCGUGGCUGUGUUCUUCCCGGCGAACAGCACCGUCGAGCUGAUUUAUGGUGGCCUGGCGGCGCUGAUCUUCUCGGCGUAUAUUCUUGUUGAUACGCAGUUGGUUAUGAGGCAUUACCAUGUCGAGGAGGAGAUUGCGGCGAGCAUUUCGCUGUAUUUGGAUAUUUUGAAUUUGUUCUUGGCGAUUCUGAGGAUCUUGAAUAGUCAGAAUAAUAACUAG